ACGUGAACUCUCGAGAGGACCGAGCCAGAAGCGGACAGGAGCAGGACGAGCUGUGUUUGAAGGAAGAGUGGCAGAAAAUCGAGGGUCCGGGACUGAGAAGCGACUCCGGUUUUGAAAUCCCGGAGACACCCGUGUAGGUAAGGAAACUGAGGCCUUGGAGAUUUAGAAGUUUGGUCCUCUUUAAAGUUCUACAAGUGCUUGAUGGCAGAGUUGAGCUGAUCAGAACCUGGGAGCCCCACUUCUGGACCACUUCUCUAAGACUGCAGUUCAGCCAUCUCAACACUCUACCCUUCCCCAGAAGAGGAGCACAAAGGAGGAAGGAAUGUACACUGUUUUCCUCAUAGUCUGAUCCCAGACAGUGUCUUGCUCUGUCUUGCAGGCUGGAGUGCAGUGGUACAAUCACAGUGCACUGUAGCCUUGACCUCCCAGGCUCAAUGGAUCCCUGCACCUCAACCACCUGAUUAGCUGUGACUACAGCCUUUCCUGGAUUUGUUUAUCUUCUUAAUUGACUUGUUAGAAAAAUAGAGCGAAAGCCUGAUCUUUGGCCAGAUGGCAGUAACAUUUGAAGAUGUGACUAUUAUUUUUACUCAGGAAGAGUGGAAAUUUCUGGAUUCUUCUCAAAAAAGGCUCUACAGGGAAGUCAUGUGGGAGAACUACACAAAUGUCAUGUCAGUAGGAAACUGGAAUGAGAGCUACAAAUCCCAAGAAGAAAAAUUCAGAUAUUUAGAAUAUGAAAAUUUUUCCUGCUGCCAAGGCUGGUGGAAUGCUGGCACUCAGAUAUAUGAGAUUCAGAACUAUGGGGAAACUGUUCAAGGGGAAGAUUCCAAAGACCUAAAACAGCAAGGUUUUUCCCAGUGUCAGGAAUGGUUAAUAUUCUCUACACAAGUACCAGGGUAUGGGAACUAUGAACUAACUUUUGAAAGCAAAAGUCACAGGAACUUAAAAUAUAAAAACUUUAUACCUUGGCAGUCCUUAGAAACAAAAACCAUUCAAGACUGUGGUAGAGAAGUCUACAUGAGUGGUUCACAUGGUUUUCAAGGGGGCAGAUAUCGUCUUGGUAUAUCCAGGAAAAACCUGUCCACGGAAAAAGAACAGAAGCUCAUAGUUCAGCAUUCUUAUAUCCCAAUGGAGGAAGCCCUUCCACAGUACAUUGGGGUGAUAUGUCAAAAAGACCUGCUGAAAGAUUCGAUGGAAGAGAAAUACUCUGGAUGUAAUAAAUGUAAAGAAAUUUAUUAUUGGAACUCACAGUGUGUUUUUCACCAGAGAAAUCAACCUGGAGAAAACCUCUAUCAAUGUUCCAUCAGUAAAGCAUGCUUCUCUCAGAGAUCAGACUUGUGUAGACAUCCAAGAUUCUACAUAGGUAAGAAGCUGUAUGGAUGUGAUGAAGUCGACAGUAACUUUCAUCUGAACUCAGGAGUUCACUUUCAUCAGAGAGUUCACAUAGGGGAGGCACCUUAUAGCUGUAAUGCAUGUGGUAAGAGCUUCAGCCAGAUCUCUAGUCUUCACAAUCAUCAAAGAGUCCACACAGAAGAGAAACUCUAUAAAAUUAAGUGUGAUAAAGACCUCAGUAGAAAUUCAUUACUUCACAUUCACCAGAGACUUCACAUGGGAGAGAAGCCUUUUAAGUGCAAUCAGUGUAGCAAGAGUUUUAGUCGGAGUUCAGUACUUCAUGUUCAUCAGAGAGUCCACACAGGAGAAAAACCAUAUAAGUGUAAUGAGUGUGGUAAGGGCUUCAGCCAGAGCUCUAAUCUUCGAAUUCAUCAGUUAGUACACACAGGAGAGAAGUCUUAUAAAUGUGAAGACUGUGGUAAGAGCUUUACCCAACGCUCAAAUCUUCAAAUUCAUCAGAGAGUGCAUACAGGAGAGAAACCUUAUAAAUGUGAUGACUGUGGAAAGGACUUCAGUCACAGCUCAGAUCUUCGCAUUCAUCAGAGAGUCCAUACAGGGGAGAAACCCUAUGCUUGUCCUGAAUGUGGGAAGGGCUUCAGUAAGAGUUCAAAGCUUCACACUCAUCAAAGAGUACAUACUGGAGAGAAACCCUAUAAAUGUGAAGAGUGUGGCAAGGGAUUCAGUCAGCGUUCACAUCUUCUCAUUCAUCAGAGAGUCCAUACAGGAGAAAAGCCCUAUAAAUGUGAUGACUGUGGAAAGGGUUUUAGUCACAGUUCUAAUCUUCACAUUCAUCAGAGAGUCCAUACAGGAGAGAAGCCUUAUCAAUGUGCUAAGUGUGGUAAAGGUUUUAGUCAUAGUUCAGCUCUUCGAAUUCAUCAAAGAGUCCACACAGGAGAGAAACCUUAUAAAUGCCAUGAAUAUUAUAAGGGAUUUGAUCAUAAUUCACAUCUUCUUAAUAAUCAUAGAAGAGAAAACUUAUAAAUGUUGUUCAUUUAGUUAACAGCUUUAAUCAAAGUUUACGCAACCUUUAAACUCUAUAAAUGCUGCUGGUAAGGAAAUCCUAUAAAUAACACAAGUAAUAUCAAGCAAGAUUUUUCAUAUCCCAUAUCUCCCACUAAGAAUUAUUUCCUUCAAAAAGAGAUCCUUAGAAAAAUCCCUAUAUAUUUAAAAUUACAGUAUAUUUUUCUUUACCUACUAUAAAUAUAAUAUGCAAUCAUAAAAUAUAUUAAACAUUUAAGGAGAAAACUUCAUCCUGUUUCACUCUAGUCUUUUUUUCUGUGCAUUUUAAUGUGCAUGAAAUUAUAUUGUGUGUUCAACUUUGUAUUUUCACUGACUUCAAAACAUUUACUUAAAUUUUGGUUUGAAUUGAAACUGUCCAUCUGUUAAACAGCAUCCCUUAACUACCCUAAAAAAUCUCUAGGAAGUCACAGAAAAGAUGAAAACACACAAAACUUAAAACUCAGUUUUAACCAAUAGAAUUCAAUUGUUUAUGGACAAAAUCCACCUAAUGAAAGAUAGGAAAGCAUUAUACAACUUUGUAUCUGAGAUAGUGUAGCUGUGAGUUGUUAUCUCUGUCAACCAGAAAACCCAGCGACCACCCUUCCGUUGCAGGGGUGCUGAACUUUGAGGUAAACACAAUGCACUCAUAUCCCUUCCCUUUCAUGGUUUUCCAUGCUUGUUCACAGGUUCAUAAUUCAAAUAAGAAGUACAGAAUUUAGUUUAUCUAAAGUGUGAAGGGUUUGGACAGAAGUACUAGAAAUGUAAGAUGCUCCAUUGGUUCAGAAUUAGAGAUCCAAGCAAUAUAAUUUUAUUUAAUCUCAGUAAACUGAGUGGUAAUAGAGAACUAUCUGCUAGGAUAGCAUUGAACUCAGAAUUCUGUACAACGACGUACCCUGAAGCUAAUUAUGUAAGAAGAGAGUUUGGCCAUUAUAAAAAUGGAAUAGAUUUAAUAGGAAUACACAGUCCUAAUUAUUGAUAUACAAAUAUGCUUAGGUAGUACUUCCCAAGAGAAAACAAAAGCAAGGGACCUGCUUAGGAAAAUAAGAGGGAAUUGCAAUGCCAAAGAAAAGAAUAUCAUCCUAAAGACUUCGAAACUUAUUGCCCUGAAAAUUAGCUACUGCAGGCUCCAGAGGAAAUUUCUAAAUUGUUGGUAUCCUCAGUGGCAUAACAGAGAACCUCAAUUCAAUAAAGCUAGAGUAGAAAUGUACAAGUAGGGGAGAGUCUCUAAAGUAAAAAGAGAAAUAGGUACAACAAAGAAGGACUUCAGGGAACUCUGAAAUGCUAUAUCAAAAUAAAAGGCAAUAAGUAAAAACAUUGCAGAAUAUAAAAUAAUUGAUAGUUAAUGGGUAAACUUGAUCUGAUCUUAAAUGUAUAGGAAAAGGAUAAUGAGAUGGAAACUGAGAAAAGGCAGAUAUGAAGAUCAGAGAAUGAAAGUCCAGUGUGAGAAUUAAAGGUGUUUCUAAGGAAGGUGAAAGAACAUUUGGAAUAGAAUCAAUGAUCAAAGACAUUAAGAAACUUUCUGAGUUAAAAGUAUACAGUCACUAAAUUUUAGGCAAACCCCGUAUCAAAGCAACCUUAGAAACAGCUUAGAAAUAAAAGCAAUUUAAAGCAUGCAGAAAGAAAAAUUCUGGUUAUCUGCAAAACCAAAAAUGGGAGGGUUGAGAAAGACCUCUGCAACAGUAACUCAGAAGACAAUGGAACAGCACCCUCAGAAUUUUCAGAUUUGACAAGUUUGUUAUCACUAAACAGUUUUAUAACAAAACUGUCUUUCAUAUGUACAGGAAACAAAUAUUUUUGAUAAGCAAGAAAACAGUAUAGUAUACCUGUCCCUAAGAGUUCAUGAAUGUGGAAAUCAUGGUAUAAAAGGACUAGUGAUGAGCCCUGAAAUCAAUUAAACAUGAAUUGUCUGAAUAGUUUGCAAAACUUCAAAAAAUUAAAUGUGCAAGAAAAUACACAAAUGCCGAGUGUAAAAUGUACAAAUGCUGAGUCUGGUAGGAGAGUAAGGUGUCCCCAGAGAAUACUUGUUUUAGUAUUAAUUGUUUUAUAAUAUUGCAUGGGACUUAGACUAAAAUUUUAUACAUUUGAAAUUCAAAUUUAUCAGGUCAUUUCUGUUUUUAUUUGCUACAUCUAGCUACCCUAUGGUUGAGGAGAGCAAAAGUGCCAAUUUCUGAUCUUAAAUAGCAGGGACUCAUAAUAACAUUUUCUUUUUGACUGACAAUUUAAGAAAGGUCUUUUUUGUUUUUACAAACUUAAAAUUGCAACUAAUAAAACUAAAAAGAGUGCAUAUGCCUUUCGAAAUGGGAGAAGAUAAAAGCAAAAAAUAUUCAGUUUCUAUAGCAAUGACUAACAAAAAAAUCCCCAAGAAGUUGGCCUAAAAUAUUAAAAGAAAUGGAUGAAGAUGAUUAAAGCCAAAUGUAUCAAAAUAUGUUCAAUGCUUUAUUUAAAAAUGUUGAAAAAAAAUGGGUUAAAAAUUUCUAAUUACAUGCUAUAACAGAUGAAAAGGCCAUAUUGCUUAGAGACCAGGUAAAGGUUUAUUAGACAAACAUAAAGGAGUACCUACAAUACGUUUUUAAAGGUUAAAAAUGCACUAAUUUAUUAAGGUAGAUAAAAAUACAAAAUCAUUAGUUUUUUAAACUCGUGAUAUUCAGAAAAAUGUCAAAAUGUUUGGUUUUUAAUAACAAAAUUUAAAGAGGAACAAAUAAAAAUUCUGGAUGAAAAUAAUUUUAAAAAGGAGAAACAUAAAAGAGGACUAGAGAAGUCUUAAUUUUCCUGAAAGGAAUGUUCCUAAUUUAUAGAUUUAUUUCAGAUCUCAUGGAAAUCCCAAUGAAUUUGAGAUAAAAAUGCUCUAGUCGGCCGAGUGCGGUGGCUCAAACCUGUAAUCCCAGCACUUUGAGAGGCCGAGGCGGGUGGAUCAUGAGGUCAAGAGAUUGAGACCAUCCUGGUCAACAUGGUGAAACCCCCUCUCUACUAAAAAUGCAAAAAAAAUUAGCUGGGCACGGUGGCGUGUGCCUGUAAUCCCAGCUACUCAGGAGGCUGAGGCAGGAGAAUUGCCUGAACCCAGGAGGCGGAGGUUGCGGUGAGCCGAGGUCGCGCCAUUGCACUCCAGCCUGGGUAACAAGAGCGAAACUCCGUGUAAAAAAAAAAAAAAGCUCUAGUCUUUUAAGGAAAAUAAACAUUGGAGAAGGGCAAAGAUAAUUAUAAGAAUAAUGAUAUUGCCCUGAUGUAUAAUAAAUGGUAUACUGGUAUAUGAAGUUGUAAUAAUGGAGAAUUUAAUUGUAUAUUUCAAUAAAAAGGAUUCUAAGUCACUAAAUAGCUUAAAAUAUACCAGUGUAUGGAUUAUAUAUGUGUACUUAACAUAUAGUACAUGUAUUUAUAGAGUUCACACAUGAUAAAGAUCUGUGAGUAGGAUUAUUCAGUAAAUCAUGCUGAGAUCAUUAUUUAACUCUAAUAACAAAGUAGACUUUCUUGAUCUUCUCAGAAUAAAACAAUUGAAUUCAAA